AUGGCGGUUAAAUAUUCACCUGAGAAGGUUUGGGAAUGGACGUCACAGAAAGAAACUUCAGAUUCAAAAAGCGCAACAGAACCGAGCAAAACUGUGACUUCAAAAGCAGAUCAACCCGAACCCACAGAAUCAGGGGAUCAUUCGAAUUCAAGCAGUGAAUCGCCAAGUGCCACCGCCCAGUCAGCAGCACCUCCAGGGGAUAGUGCAGCCACCGAUGGAACGAAUAAAGCGGUCGGUACUUCAAUUACGUCUACUGAUAGUACUAGUCAAGCAGCCGUCAUGCUUGACGUGCCUGUUGAGGUGGAUGAAGAAGAUGCUGAUGAAUCAAGAGGGGAUUUGGGCAGCACAGCGCCAUCAGCACCAGCACCAAUAUCAUCAUCUAAGCCCUCUGAGCCAAAAUCGCAAUCCAGUGACAAAGCCGAAGUUUCUAGCAGUCAACAACUACGACAAACGCCAACUAGCACUAAAAGUCAGGAAAAAGCACACAUUAAAGGUAUUGUCCGUUAUGAUCUAGUUGUUUUUCAUUAG